UUAAACACUGACAAAUUAGCUGAAAGUGCUGGAUAUAUUGCUUAUCAUACAUUUAAAUGGCAAUUUGCAACCUUAGUUUUAUUUAACGCAACCUAUUUAUAUGGAGUUGGUGUUUUUGCGAAAGUAUACGGAAAAAAAGUUAGGUUGAACGCUAUUUCAAAAUCCAUGAAAGGUAAUCUUUUCAUAGAUGACACAAUACAAUACGUGCUAUUUUUAAACGAUAUUCCAGAUAUUGUUUUGACGUUAGAAGCACUGAAAUUGCAACAAUUUGACCCAAACGCUAAAUUUAUUAUCAUAUGUUUUAAUGAAAAUGAAUGUGAUGAGAACGAAACUAUACCAAUGUUGUGGAGUUACAAAAUCCUAAACGUCAUCUUUAUCAAAUACGAAAAUAAUGCUGUAAGUGGCUAUGUCUAUUUUCCAAAUGAAGAUUGUGACCAUCCUACGCCUGAAAGAGUUCAAAAUUGGGAAGACUGCAUUCAUUCAUACAAAGAUAGUAAGCAAGUUUGCACAACACGAAGUAUUUUUCCUCUAAAGCUAAUGAAUUUCCAUCGUUGCCCGCUAAUAGUUUCAACCUUUGAAUUGAAUCCAUUUAUGUUGAUUAAAGAUGGCAUUCCAUCCGGAACAGAUGGUGAUGUGAUGCGAAUUACUGGAGAUGCUGUCAAUGCAAGUCUAGUUGUCAUCUCACCAAGUGAUGGCAAGGGCUGGGGAUAUCUUGUCAACAAUACAUGGAUUGGUUCUCUUGGUGAUCUUGACAAAAAAUUAGCAAACAUUUCCUUUACUGGUUCCGCUACCAUGAAUUUAGAACGCUACCACGAUUUUGAUAUAUCUACGAUUUUUAACACAAUAACCAUGGUCUGGCUAAUUCAUCCAUUGAGAUUAGAAUCGUCUUCAGUAAAACUAUUAAAACCUUUUACUGCCGGUGCAUGGUUUUUUAUAUCGAUAACAUUCGGGAUCUUCGUUUUAUCACAUUAUUUUAUCGAUCACAGUGUUUGGAGAAUCUUUAGUAAAGUGAAAAGAAUUGAUACAUUUUCUCAUUAUUUUAUUGCCUAUACAGUCCAAAUAACUUUGGGCGUGUCCGUUACCAAAUAUCCUGUAAACUUAUGCAAACAUCUGAUUUUAUAUUGGAUUUGGUAUUGGUUUCUAGUAAGAACACUUUAUCAAGUUAACCUAAUAUAUUUCUUACAAACUGAUGUUAAAGUCGAUACUAUUCACAAUAUUCAAGAUGCCAUAGCUGAAGGAUAUACAUUUGGAGGCGGUAAACCUCUUAAAGAAUUUUAUUCAAAUGACCCAUUUAUUUACAAUAAUUGGAAAUCUGAUAAUAGUACCGAUUUAUAUGCUAAUUUGGGGCGUAUAAUGACAGGUGGGAAGUUUACAUACGGGGCGAAUACGGUAUUCGCAAAAGUAUUUCAGCGUAACACUCAUCUGGAGAUUCAUGCGCUUCCCAAAAAAAUAGUAGAAAGUUACUCAGUGGUUUAUUUUGCAAGGAAGUCCGCAGUGACGCGUCCAGUUAAUUUGGUGUUUGCUCGAUUAUUUGAAGCUGGAAUCGUGAAAAAAAUAUUUGAAGAUUAUACCUCUACUUUGCCUGAACCUCAGGAGAACGCUAACAUUCCCCUUACGUUAAACCAUUUUACAGGAUGCUUCGGAAUAUUAAUAUUAGGAUGGGUUUUGUCUUGUAUCGCAUUUAUUUUUGAGAUACUUAACAGUAUACGAUUGCGUAAAAAAUUGUUAAAUGUUUAUGUGCAAUAA